AUGCCAGGGUUGGACCCAAAGGUAGCCGUGCACCGCUUGGUAGUGAAAAAGGGGUGUCGCCCUAUUAAGCAAGCUCAACGGCGCUUUCGCCCCGAGCUCAUUCCCUCAAUUGAAGCAGAACUCAACAAGCUUAUAGAGGCUGGUUUCAUUCGCGAAGUUAAAUACCCAACCUGGAUAUCCAGCAUUGUUCCUGUGUGCAAGAAGAAUGGCCAGAUCCGUGCUACAUACCAAAGGGCUAUGCAGACUAUAUUUGACGACAUGUUGCAUAAAAUGGUGGAAUGUUACGUAGACGACCUGGUUGUGAAGUCGAAACUUUGCACAGAUCACAUGAUGCAUCUAAGACAAGUCUUUAACCGCUUGCGGAAGUUUCAACUCAAAAUGAACCCCCUGAAGUGUGAUUUCGGGGUUGCUGCUCGAAAAUUCCUUGGGUUUACUGUUCGACAUAGGGGAAGAUGUCAGCCCUUUAGCCGAUUAAUGAAGAAGGGUGUCCCGUUUGUAUGGGAUGAGGCCUGCAAGAAUGCAUUCCAAAGCAUCAAGUCCUAUUUAAUGAAGCCGCCUGUGCUGACUGCUCCAAUUCCAGGACGCUCGCUGAUCCUUUACAUCUCCACCCAAGAAAGCUCUGUGGGUGCUUUACUUGCACAAGAGAAUGAUAAUGGGAAAGAAAAUGCCCUUUAUUAUUUAAGUAGAAUGAUGACGCCAAAUGAGCUCAAAUAUCUGCCAAUUGAGAAGUUGUGUCUGGCCCUUGUAUUCUCCAUCAGGAAGCUCAAGCAUUAUUUCGAAGCACAUACAAUUCGACUAGUUUCCAGGGCAAACCCAAUGAAGUAUGUCAUGGCAAAGGUUGUUCUUUCCGAUCGACUUGCGAGGUGGUAUUUAUUACUUCAACAGUUUGAGAUCAUUUAUGUACCACAGAAGUCCAUCAAGGAGCAAGCCUUAGCGGAUUUCCUAGCUGAUCAUCCAAUUCCUGCCGAAUGGGAGCUGUCCAGUGACCUACCUGAAGAGGAUGUGCUUGUGGUUGAAGUUUUACCUCCAUGGAAGAUGUACAUUGAUGGAGCGGCACACAAAGAGGGGGCAGGCGCUGGAGUUGUCUUUGUUACGCCUGAAGCAGAAGUGCUUCCUUAUUCAUUUACCUUGACGGAACGCUGCUCGAACAAUGUUGCCGAGUAUCAAGCACUCAUUUUGGGACUUGAAAUUGCAGCUGAUAUGAAGCAGCUAAGGGUUAAUAUAUAUGGGGACUCCAAAUUGAUUGUCAACCAAGUACUUGGGGUUUAUGAAGUAAAAAAGCCAGAGUUGAUUCCAUACAACAGUUACGCAAAGAUGCUCCUGCAUUGGCUAGGAGAUGCUACGAUUGAACACAUCCCGAGGAAACAGAAUAAGCAAGCCGAUGCCCUAGCUGCUUUAGCUUCAACUGUGUCCCAUCCUAUAGAUGAGGCUCGGUUGCGCGUGUGCCAAAAAUGGGUGGUCCCUCCAAUCUUCAAACACGAUGACUCUCUUGAAGACAUUGUUGAACUCCCGACUGCUUCUGUCUAUGAGGUAGAUAAAGAGGAUUGGAGGCAAUCAUUGAUUGACUACCUUGUUGACGGGAAGUUACCUCAAGACCCUCGUAGGAGGGUAGAUGUAAGACGUCGAGCUCCUCGCUUCAUAUAUUUCAAGGACGCGCUAUACCGGCGCUCAUUUGUUGGUGUGUUUCUUCGAUGUUUAGGUGAAGAGGAAGCUUUACAAGCGAUGGAGGAAGCUCACUCUAGAGUGUGCGGUGCUCAUCAGUUACAUUUUCACAUCAAAAGGAUGGGUUAUUACUGGCCUACGAUGGUGAAGGAUUGCAUAAACUAUGCACGGCAUUCGUAUAUAUUAGCAGCCACCGAUUAUUUCUCAAAGUGGGCUGAAGCAGUGGCUUUAAAAGAGGUGAAGAAGGAAAAUGUUGCAGACUUCAUCCGAGUGCACAUUAUCUAUCGUUUUGGCAUCCCUCGGUAUAUCCUAACCGACAAUGGGAAACCAUUCGAUAAUAAAUUGAUGGAUAAAAUCUGCAAACUUUUUGAGUUCAAGCAAAGAAAUUCAUCAGCUUAUUAUGCAGCUGCAAAUGGACUUGCCGAGGCUUUUAACAAAACUCUAUGCAAUCUACUAAAAAAGGUGGUGUCGAAGUCAAAACGUGAUUGGCAAGACAGGAUGGAAGAAGCACUGUGGGCAUAUAGAACUACAUACCGUACACCAACACAAAGCACUCCAUACUCGCUGGUUUAUGGGGUUGAAGCAGUUUUGCCUCUUGAAAGCCAAAUACCUCCUCUAAGGUUAGCUAUCCUAGAAGGCCUUACAGACGAGGAUAAUGUAAAGUUGCGGUUGGCAGAGUUAGAAGCUCUCGACGAGAAAAGGUUACAGGCUCAACAAAGUCUAGAAUGCUAUCAAGCUCGAAUUUCUAGAGCUUUCAACAAGAGGGUGAGAAUUCGCUCAUUUCAGGUUGGUGACAAGGUGUUGGCGGUUCGUAGACCUAUCAUUAUUACAAGGAAAACUGGGCACAAGUUUACUCCAAAAUGGGAUGGACCUUACGUGGUACAAGAAGCAUACUCAGGAGGUGCUUACAAGCUAAUUGAUGAAGAUGGUGUGCGAAGUGUGUACGCUACUUGUCACACGGUCUUAGAGUUCCGUGUUCUUGGCUUCAAUCUCCUUCAACUCUUCCUGCGCAUCCUUUAUCGUUUUCUCCAGGAGGGUUUUUCGAUCGGCGGCGUCUUUGAGGGUUUUCUGUUCGUCAAGAAAAUGCUCUUCGGUUUGAGAAAAUUUCUGUUGAGCUUCUAUAAGGACACCUUGCGUUAG